UCCAGCACCAUGGCUGGCUUCUUGCAGAUGACCCUAGCCUUCAGGAAAUACCUGAUCAUAGUGUUUGUACCCCUUUUGUUUCUUCCUCUUCCUCUGGCUGUUCCUACCAAGGAGGCCCGAUGUGGUUAUGUUAUCAUAGUGAUGGCACUGUUUUGGUGCACAGAAGCCUUGCCGUUGGCUGUCACAGCUCUCUUUCCUGUCUUGCUGUUCCCACUAAUGAAUAUCAUGGAUUCAACAACAGUCUGCCGGGAGUACUUGAAGGACACCAAUAUGCUUUUUAUUGGGGGACUGCUGAUGGCCAUUGCGAUUGAGAAUUGGCACCUACACAAGCGUGUUGCUCUGCGCGUCUUGCUUAUCACUGGUGUCAGACCAGCCCUACUCCUCAUGGGUUUCAUGAUUGUGACCGCCUUCCUGUCGAUGUGGAUCAGCAAUACCGCCACCACUGCCAUGAUGGUGCCAAUAGCACAAGCAGUGUUGGAACAGUUGCACAAGUCAGAAAUGGAGUCUAGCACAGCUAGCCAAGCAUCUGAAAACAUCAACGAAGCCUUUGAACUGCAGGAAAAGUCAACUAAACCAGAUAGCUCCAAAGAAACAGAGGAAAAAGGUAGUAGUCAUGUCCUGACAGUCGAGGAAGACAGAAAGAGAAAUGAAAAUCUGCGAGAGGAGAAACACAAGAAAUUCUGCAAGGGAAUGUCUCUCUGUAUUUGUUACUCCGCCAGUAUUGGAGGGAUUGCAACUCUGACUGGGACAACACCAAAUCUGGUACUGCAAGGACAAGUUGAUGAGCUCUUUCCUAACAAUGGCAAUAUCAUCAACUUUGCCUCUUGGUUCUCCUUUGCCUUCCCCACCAUGAUUGUGUUACUGGUUUUGGCGUGGAUUUGGCUGCAGAUACUGUACUUGGGCUUUAAUUUUCAGAAGAAUUUCGGUUGUGCUGCAAAUGCCUCUGCAAAGGCUAAGGCGAAACAGGCCUAUGACAUUAUCAAGGAAGAGAGCAAGAAAUUGGGCUCAAUGAAAUUUGCAGAGAUAGCAGUUUUGAUCCUCUUCAUACUACUGGUACUGCUCUGGUUUACAAGAGACCCUGGUUUCAUACCAGGUUGGGCAACAGUUCUUUUCAACAAAAAUGAUACAAGCUAUGUCACUGAUGCUACAGUUGCCAUCUUCAUUUCAAUUUUGUUGUUCAUCAUCCCUUCUGGCAUUUCUAACAACGACAGAGACAAACACCAAACAGGCAGCAAGUCAAAGAUCCGAGCACCUCCAGCUCUCUUGAACUGGAAAGUAGUUCACCAGAAAAUGCCAUGGAACAUUGUGCUUCUGCUGGGAGGUGGCUUUGCCUUAGCCAAAGGCAGUGAGGAAUCUGGUCUGUCUUCAUGGUUAGGUAGCAAACUGACUCCUCUGCAGCACAUCCCUCAUCCAGCUAUUGCUCUCCUGUUGUGUCUCCUUAUUGCCACUUUUACUGAGUGCACCAGCAAUGUAGCCACUACUACCCUCUUUCUCCCUAUUCUGGCUUCAAUGGCUGAAGCGAUCUGCCUCAAUCCACUCUAUGUCAUGCUGCCCUGUACACUUUCUGCAUCAUUGGCAUUCAUGCUCCCAGUGGCCACUCCUCCUAACGCCAUUGUCUUCUCAUAUGGACAACUCAAGGUUAUAGAUAUGGCCAAAGCUGGGUUUGUACUCAACAUCCUGGGAGUUCUGACCAUAACUCUAGCCAUCAACACCUGGGCUUCAUCUUUGUUCCAACUGCAAACUUUCCCAUCUUGGGCAAAUAAGACAGGUACAUGCCCAUAAUAUGGAGAGGCAAGGGAACCAACAACUGUUUCUGUUAGAACUGCAGUGAGAGCAAGACUAUAACCCACACAAGUUUUGCCGAGGCAGUGGUUACAGGCCUGUUCUGUGGAAAAGGACAAGCCACCUACAAGGAAAAUCAUUCAGUUGAUAACAGCAAUAAAAUUGCCUAACAGUGCUGUUCAGUAGGCAAUUUUGUUACCCCAGCAGUAAGACGAGGUAACCUUUGGCUUUUCAACUGUUCCAGGUAUCUUUAGUUUUUCUGUCUCUGCAGGGGUAGAUUUGCCCUGAGUGCUAGCUACAUUGCUUUUCAAGCUCCACCUGUAAAGUCUGAAAUCUGCAGUGAGAAAGAAGAGAGGUGUGUAUAUAAAAGGAAGGAGAGAGACUCUACAUUCCUGAUUUCAUGCAUAUAUCUGUGUAUUGUCACAACUAAUAUGACUAUUCACCUGUAUAUGAGUAUACAGGCCUCUGUGUAUAUGUUCAAAAUGUACAUGAUUGUUAUAUACCCCACGGGCAUUCUCAGGAAGGCAUGUGUUGUAUGAUUGCAGACAAAUCACAUACUGUCAGCCCAUUCUAUUACUUUGAAACAUAUUUAUUUGCAGUCCAUUUGUUGUGAAUGUAAAAGACCAUUUUUUUCUUACAACAUCUGUCCCAUUGUUAUUUAUGUAAGACUACAGCCUGCAAGGUCGUGAUAAGAAUAGCAAUAUUCUCUUGAGAAGGGGAGAAUCCCUGUGUCCUAAAAUAUAUAUGAUUGAAUUAAAGAUUUUUUUUUUUAUGUACCCCCGUGUUAUGGAGAUUUUUCCUGUUAUAUAU